GUUUUCUUUUUGGAGAGUGGAGGACAGGCGUGCGUCUUUAAGGUAUUCGCGGUAUCGCCCAACCCCAAAUCCUCCCCAGGUGCCUUAUAGUUGAUACUCUUACCCACCACCCGAUCGACGAAAUUCCCCAACCGAUCCUAAUGGAAUCGAGCAUCCUGGAAUCGAUUGGCAUGGAGAUCAUUGGCGUGAUGUCCCCAGUCUCAAUCUGCAUGCUCCUGGUGGUCCUCAUCGUCUACUCUCUCUCUCCCGCCAACCCCUUCUCCCCCUCUUCCUCUUCCUCCGUUCCCAUCCGCACCGCUGCCAACCUUGUCUACCUUGAGAGCCCCUCCGACUCCGCCGUCCAAAAGCUCGAAGGAGCUCUCUUAAACGCCUUAGUGUUCGUCAUCCUCAUCGCCCUCGUCACCUUCCUCCUUGUCGUCCUCUACUAUUACAACUUCACCAAUUUCUUGAAGAACUAUAUGCGCUUCUCCGCCUUCUUCGUGCUCGCCACUAUGGGCGGCUCCAUUUUCCUCUCCAUAAUUCAGCAUUUCUCCAUACCCGUCGAUUCCAUCACUUGCUUCUUGUUGCUUUUCAACUUCACGGUCGUGGGUGUGUUGUCUGUCUUCUCCGGUGGGAUACCCAUAUUCUUGAGGCAGGCGUAUAUGGUGUCGUUGGGGAUAAUCGUGGCGGCUUGGUUCACGAAAUUACCCGAAUGGACCACUUGGGUUUUGCUGGUGGCGUUGGCUGUGUAUGAUUUGGUGGCGGUCUUGGCCCCUGGAGGGCCACUGAAGCUGUUGGUGGAAUUGGCAUCGACUCGGGAUGAGGAAUUGCCGGCGUUGAUCUACGAGGCUCGGCCGACCGUGUCGAGGAAUACAGAAAAUAGGGGGUCUAGUUUGGGGCUCCUGGUUGGUGGGGUUUCAGAUUCUGGAUCGGUUGAGCUGCAGGAGGUUGAGCGUGCCAAUGUGAAUCGAAAUGAGGGCGAAAAUCGCUGUAAUUCUGAGUAUAGUACUGUUGAGGUUGGUGAGUACGGUAGAGAUGAAGGAGAGAGUUCCCCAUUGGUGGGUCAUUCGCGGGAAAGGCAUUCAUCGAGCAGUGGAUCGUCGGAGUAUUCGACUGUAGUUGUUUCGUCUGAUCAAGCAUGGAAUGGAGCGUCCGAGAUUGUUGUUGAUGAGGAGAUGUCUCCACUUGUUGAGAUGAGGGGAUUGGGGAAUGAUAGAGAACGAACAAGAAGGGAUGAUGCAGAGGUGACGAGUAGAGGUAUUAAACUUGGCCUAGGAGACUUUGUUUUCUAUAGCGUUCUUGUGGGUAGAGCUGCAAUGUAUGAUCUUAUGACAGUAUAUGCUUGUUACCUUGCGAUUAUUUCGGGACUUGGGUGCACUCUUAUUUUGUUGUCGGUGUGCCAUCGAGCUCUGCCUGCCUUGCCUAUUUCAAUUGCAUUGGGUGUUGUUUUUUACUUCUUGACUCGGUUAUUCAUGGAACCUUUUGUUGUUGGGACAGCAACAAAUUUGAUGAUGUUUUGAUUCUCCAUUUUCAAGAGAUCAAUUAAAUGUUAGCAAAAGACUGAUGUUUUCAUGGGCAUGGAAUUUGUAUACAAGGUGAAAGGUAUUACUCCAUAAAUUCUCCCCUUGGUGAUUAGUAAUACUCUCAUGAUCCAAUCUCUGAAUUGGAUAGUGCACCACAUAAUUAUGCAAUGGAACUGAUAUAUUCUGGAUCCAAUCAUAUUUUCACAAUGUUUCUUAU